ACUCUGCUUUUGUUGUAGAUUUAUCACUCAAAUUAUAGAGAUAUAACAUUAUGUAACGACAAAAAAUGGCCCAACUGAACCAAAAAGCCCACCUCUCUCUCUCCAUUGAUUUCCCAUAGAGGGAACGUAAUGGAGGGAAAUACAAAUCUCACUUUUCAAAAUUCAAUCUGAAAAAUAAAAAAACAAUUAGCCAAAAAUUUGAGACAACUCCUUAUGGCGCCAUAUAUAUAUAUAUACAUACAUACACACACAGGAAAAUGGAGCAGCAAACAAUGGCAGACCAAGAAAAUUUUGUAAGAGUAACUCGAUUGGCUAAGAAAAGAGCAGCAGAAGCAAUGGUUCAGCAGCUGCAACAACCCAACAAGAAGAGAGUUGUGUUGAGUGAGAUUCAAGAUUUGUGUAAUGUGGGUAUCAAUCAGAUUGACGACAAGGUGUUUGUUUCUGAGCCUCUGAGACCCAAAUGUAAGCACAUUAUUAAGAGGAAGCUGAAAAUUUCUGAUGAUGACCCACAGAUGUGUACUGCUUAUGUUUCUGAUAUAUAUGAUUAUCUUCAUCAAAUGGAGAUUGAGAAAAAGAGAAGACCAUUGCCUGAUUACCUUGAGAAAGUUCAGAAGGAUGUGAGUGCAAAUAUGAGAGGAGUUUUAGUGGACUGGCUGGUUGAAGUUACAGAUGAAUACAAGCUACUUUCGGAUACGUUGUAUCUUGCUGUUUCCUACAUUGAUAGAUUCUUAUCAGUGAAUGUCAUCCCUAGGAAGAAACUUCAGCUUUUGGGUGUUUCUUCAAUGCUCAUUGCUGCGAAGUACGAGGAGAUUAGUCCUCCAGAUGUUGGGGAAUUUUGUUAUAUUACAGACAAUUCAUAUUCAAAGAAAGAGAUGGUAAAAAUGGAGGCUGAUGUGCUAAAAUGCCUCAAAUUUGAAAUGGGAAAUCCCACAAUCAAAACAUUUCUCGGACAAUUUAACAAAAUUGCUCAAGAAGAUUACAAAAAAAACAAUUUGCAGUUAGAGUUUCUUGGCUACUACCUAGCAGAGCUAAGUUUAUUGGAUUACAACUGUGUGAAAUUCUUGCCGUCUUUGGUAGCUGCUGCUGUGAUAUUCCUUUCAAGGUUCACGUUACAGCCAAAGUCACAUCCUUGGAGUCUGGCCCUUCAACGUUGCUCGGGAUAUAGACCAGUGGAUCUAAAGGAAUGUGUUCUUAUCAUACACGACUUGCAAUUAAGUAGAAGAGGAAGUACUUUGGCAGCUGUGAGGGACAAAUACAAGCUGCAUAAGUUCAAAUGUGUUUCAACAUUGUCUUCUCCUCUGGAAAUACCGGAUUCAUUCUUCGAGGAUACAAGACAAUGACUACUUGGCCAUAUGCUUGGGAUUUGGAAUAGGACUACAUUCUUGGAUUUUUGUUUUUGGUUAACAGUUUAUUCUAUUAACGACCAAAAUAUGUACAUUUACAAGCAAUGAAGAAGUAGUACAGGGGAUCUUGAAUACCUCUGUCUUCUUCUGCAGUCUUUCGAGUAAUCUUGACAAUAUCUUCUUCUCGAAAAGCUGCAAUACAAUUCAAAUCUUCAAGAUUUUGAUCUAU